AUGUUUUUUCGAAUAACGACAAUGAAGCUCAAGUCUUCUAUUACUACUGGAUUACUUUGUCUUUUAGCUAUAGGAUCUGUCAUUGCUGAAGAAGAGGCAAAUGAUAAGAAAUAUGGAACUAUUAUUGGUAUUGAUUUAGGUACUACUUACUCUUGUGUUGGUGUUUAUAAAAAUGGACGUGUUGAAAUUAUUGCCAAUGACCAAGGUAAUCGUAUCACACCAUCAUAUGUUGCUUUUGCUCAAGAUAGUGGUGAACGUCUUAUUGGAGAUGCUGCUAAAAAUCAACUUACUUCAAAUCCAUCUAAUACAGUUUUUGAUGCUAAACGUUUGAUUGGAAGAGAUUUUACUGAUAAAUCUGUUCAAGCUGACAUGAAAUUAUGGCCAUUCAAAUUAGAAAAUAAGAAUAAUAAACCACAUGUUGCUGUUACAGUUAAGGAUGAAAAGAAAACAUUUACUCCUGAAGAAAUUUCUGCUAUGGUAUUGACUAAGAUGAAAGAUAUUGCUGAAACAUAUCUUGGAAAAGAAGUUAAGAAUGCUGUCAUUACUGUACCAGCCUAUUUCAAUGAUGCUCAAAGACAAGCUACUAAAGAUGCUGGAACUAUUGCUGGAUUAAAUGUUGUUAGAAUUAUUAAUGAACCAACUGCUGCAGCAAUUGCAUAUGGAAUGGACAAAAAAGAAGGUGAAAAAAAUAUUCUUGUUUUCGAUCUUGGUGGUGGUACUUUUGAUGUAUCACUUCUUACUAUUGACAACGGAGUUUUUGAAGUAUUAGCAACUAAUGGAGAUACCCAUUUAGGUGGAGAAGACUUUGAUCAAAGAGUUAUGGAAUAUUUUAUUAAAUUAUACAAAAAGAAAACUGGAAAAGAUAUUAGAUCUGACAACAGAGCUGUUCAAAAGCUUCGUAGAGAAGUUGAGAAAGCUAAAAGAACUCUUUCUAAUACUCACCAAGUUACUGUCGAAGUUGAAUCUCUCUUUGAUGGAGCUGAUUUCUCCGAAACUCUUACUCGUUCCAAAUUUGAAGAACUUAAUAUGGAUCUCUUCCGUGCUACUAUGAAGCCAGUUCAAAAGGUUCUCGAUGAUGCUGGUUUAAAGAAAGAUGAUGUUCAUGAAAUUGUUCUUGUUGGUGGUUCAACACGUAUACCAAAAGUUCAACAACUUAUCAAAGAAUUCUUUAAUGGAAAAGAACCAUCAAGAGGUAUCAAUCCAGAUGAGGCUGUUGCUUAUGGAGCUGCUGUUCAAGGUGGUGUCAUUUCUGGUGAAGAUAAAAAUUCUGGAAUUGUUCUUCUUGAUGUUAAUCCACUUACUCUUGGAAUUGAAACCGUUGGAGGAGUUAUGAGCAAAAUUAUCCCAAGAAAUACUGUUAUCCCAACCAAAAAAUCUCAAGUUUUCUCUACUGCUGCUGAUAAUCAACCAGCUGUUACUAUUAAUGUUUAUGAAGGUGAACGUCCAAUGACUAAAGAUAACCAUAAUCUUGGAAAGUUUGAUUUAACCGGUAUUGCCCCAGCUCCACGUGGAGUUCCCCAAAUUGAAGUCACAUUUGAAAUUGAUGUUAAUGGUAUUCUUCAUGUAUCUGCAGAGGAUAAGGGAACAGGAUCUAAGAAUAAAAUUACUAUUACUAAUGACCAAAAUAGACUUUCCCCAGAAGAUAUUGAACGUAUGAUUAAUGAUGCUGAGAAAUUCGCCGAUGAUGAUAAGAAGUUGAAGGAAGCUGUUGAGGCUCGUAAUGAAUUAGAAGGAUACGCUUAUUCACUUAAAAACCAAGUAGGAGAUAAAGAAAAACUUGGUGGAAAACUUUCAGAUGAAGAAAAAACAUCUAUUGAAGAGGCUGUCAACAGAGCUAUUGAAUUCUUAGACAAUAACAAGGAAGCUACUGUUGAUGAGUUGAAACAAGCUAAGAAAGAUUUAGAGGAAGUUGCCCAACCAAUUGUUACUAAGAUAUAUCAACAAGCUGGUGGUGCUGGACCAGAAGGUGCCGCUCCAGAAGGUGAUGAAUCUGAGAAGGAUGAACUUUAA